AUGCGUCUCCUCAUCCUGGGCGGAACUGGCCUCUGCGGUCACCUACUUAUUAGAGAUGCCCUUACUGCCUCUCAUACAGUCGUCGUGUACGCGAGGUCUCCAGAGAAACUCUCAAACGAUUUCGCUACCAACCCUGCCGUUACCGUCAUCAAAGGAGACCUCACCGAUGUCGAUGGCUUGUCCAAGGCCAUCGAGGGUGUCGAUGCCGUAGUGUCCGCUUUGGGUCCCGAUAAAGGCCAUCCCAGCGGUACACCGCUCGCACACGCAUACGCGACCAUCAUACCCUUGAUGAAAAAGUACGGUGUAAAGCGCCUGAUUGCUCUGGGUACUGCGAGCAUCCGGGACGAGCACGACAAGUUCAGCCUCUCAUACAGCGCGAUGAUCAUCAUGGUUUCGACCUUCGCUCGCAGCGCAUACAAGGAUAUUAUCGCCAUCGGUGACACGAUUCGUACGCAAGGAGAUGACCUGACCUGGACGAUCGUGAGGGUGGGAAUCCUCACGAACGACGAGAAGAAAGAUGUGGUUGCUGGCUAUGUCGGGGACGGAAAGACACGGGCACACCUGGCGCGGGCUGCCUUUGCUGACUUUGUCAUUGGAGAAGUUGAGAAGAACGAAUGGUGUGGACAAGCACCCCUUAUUUCUUCGCCUUGA